UGGAAUUCUUUGAGUGCUUUGAGAGGAGGUGUGGAGUGGAGCCCUCUGCGACUUGGUUGUAUCUAGUGAGCUGUGUGUGGUUGUAUCGAAUUUUACUGUACUGUGUAUAUGUGUAUGUAUCAGUGUGUGUAAGAGAGUGUGUGUUGACAGAUUGGCCUGUGUGUGAGUGCGUGUACACUUUUGCCUGUGUGUUUGUCAGUAUAUGUAGGAGUGUGUGAGUUUACAGGUUUGUAUGUGUGUAUGUGUUUGUAUGUGUGUAUGUCUUCUUGUGCGUAUGUGUAUCCCUGUGUGUAUGUGUGUAUGUGUCUGACGUGUGUUUUUCCAGCUUUGCUUGUGUGUAAGUAUGCGUGUUUUGUGUGAAUCUGGGUGUUUGUGAGAGUUUGUGUGAGUAUAAGUUCACUUCUGUGUAUUUCUGUGUGUGUGCCUGUGUGUGUGCCUGUGCCUGUGUGAGUGCCCGUGUGUGUGUGUGUGUGUGUGUGUGUGUGUGUGUGUGUCUGUGUGUGCACGUGCCCAUCCCCCUUUGCCCCUUGUAUCUAUAUUACCUGCACCUCAGUGCAAGAGAGUGUAGAGGCCAGAAGUCACCCCGGCUGCUGUUCCUGAGGUAGCAUUAGUACUGAUAAAAUGCCUACAGAGACUGAGGAGGAGUUACCAACCCCUACACCCGAGCCCAGUAUCUCUGAGGAGGGCAACUUCCAUUCCCAAUACCAAGUACUGGGGACAAUUGGGCAAGGGGGCAACGCCAAAGUCCUCCUGGCCAACCACCGGCUCACAAGAACCCCGGUGGCUGUCAAAGUUCUGCGAAAGGACAAGCAGUGGUUCCAGCCAGCCAUGAUGGAAGCAAACAUAAUGAGAAAGAUCAACCACCCCAACAUAGUGUCUCUCAUACAAGUUAUUGAAAAGGAAACGAGAAUAUACCUCAUAAUGGAGAUGGUGGAAGGCCAGGAACUCUACCAGUACAUCAGAGAGUCAGGGCACAUAGAGGAGGAUGAGGCCCAGCAAAUAUUUGAACAGAUAUUGUCAGCAGUGAGCUACUGCCAUGGAAAGGGGAUUGUUCACCGAGACCUCAAACUGGACAAUAUAAUGAUUGAUAAAAACAAAAAGGUCAAAGUCAUCGACUUUGGGCUUAGCACCCAAUUUCAACCUGGAAAAAUGCUAAACCACCACUGCGGCACGUACUCCUUUGGUUCCCCUGAACUCCUCCUUGGCCAUCGGUAUGACGGGCCGAAGAAUGAUAUGUGGAUUAUAGGAGUGGUCUUGUACUGUAUGGUAGCGGGAAAGCUCCCAUUUGAUUCAGUGAUCAUCCAAGAACUGCAAAGACAAGUAGUGGCAGGGGUAUAUCCUGCUCCCUGUGGGGUUUCAAAAGAACUGGAGGACCUCCUUAGUAAAUUACUGAGGGUAAAUCCCAACUUUAGACCAACAGCAAGAAAGGCGAUGAAACACCCUUGGUUCAAAGAACACUGGAACGGAUUGAUAGGUCCCUAUGAAGAACUGCUUCCCCUCACACCAGACCCGGCCAUUUUGGAUGCAAUGAAAAGCAUUGGAUUCCAAGCCUCUGUAGUAAAACACUCUUUAAAACAAAGAAAAUAUAAUGAGGAAAUGGCAACUUAUUUCUUUCUACAAAAGCAGGCUCUCCAGGGGGUUGGCUGCACAGCCCAGGCACAGCAAGUGAGUCCCGUUGCAGGCCCAUUCCCUAGCCUUGAUCCUGCUGCUGCUUUUAGAUUAGAACCAAAGAGGAGUGGAAGCCUGCCAGUCCUUGGCACCUUGCGGGUGUCAUCCUCCCAUGGUCACGUAUCUCACUAUGGCCAGAAUGCUCAUCCAAAAGGAGGCAAAAGAUCCACUGUGGCUGGUCGUCUCAGGCCUCUAACGAUGACACCUACACAGGACCACUAUCACAAAUGUGCCGUGAGUGUCCCAUGCAUUCAAACAACAAGCAUCUUCAGUGAGAAGAGUAGCAAUAAUGAAAUCAAAGAAGACAACCUACUCUCCCACAGAGCCCCAUUUGAGGAUAAGCCCAUCCCCAGCAGGGUCCGGCACAGAGGUUUUAAGGGGUGGACCAGGAAUAUAGCAAAUGCCCUGAUAAAGCUGUGUUGCUGCAUGCGAAGGAGAAAGAAACCUCGCCUGGGGCAGAACAGAAUCUCCCCCCUGAUCUGGCCAAUGCUGAUCUGAAUCCCUGAGGGCAGGCUGGAAUGGUCACUCAGGGCUAUUAGAGUGAAGGCCAGCCAAGGGCAUACAAUGUGUCACUAACAUUCUCAAAGUCUUGUCCAGGAA